GAGAGAGAGAGAGAGAGAGAGAGAUUUGACAAAAGAGUGAAAACAACAAACACCACCAACUCCUUACCCCACAUCACCACCAGCAAGACCUCCUUAACCUCUCUUCUUUCUUUCUAUUUUUUCCCUUUUACCUAUGAAUAAUUAUUCAAAGUCUCAAGCUUGAAUAAUCCCUUGAAAUCCACCAAGCUCAAACCUUGAUGGUCUCUUAGCUGCCUUCUUCCAUAUCAUUAUUUGUCGUUUUGUGUUCCUAAUUCUAGAAAUGUCAGCUGUACUUGGGACCCACCAUAUUGGUAAUGACAGAGGAGGAGCUGAAGAAGAAGAAGAAGAAGAUUCGGAUGAGCAGUAUUCAUGGCCUCAAAGGGAGUCGUCUGAAUCGGAGGAGUGUUUGUCUUUGUCGGAUGUGGAUUUGGAGUGUGGGGAAUUGGAAAUGAAGGUGCAUUCAGAUUUUAAGGAAAUUGAGAGAGAUUGCAGGAUUUGCCACUUGGGUUUGGAGUGUGGUGUUCCCAUUGAGCUGGGUUGUUCUUGCAAGGGUGAUUUGGGCUCUUCCCACAAGCACUGUGCCGAGACUUGGUUCAAGAUCAAGGGUGACACAACCUGCGAGAUCUGCGGUGUCGUUGCACUCAACAUUGUGGGCGAGCGGACCAACGUGGCAAAUGCUGCUACCGUCACAGCUCCAUCAGCACUGGCAGCUCCCGUGAUCCUUGUGGAGACAAUCUGGCAUGGCCGCCGCAUAAUGAACUUCCUGCUCGCCUGCAUGAUCCUCGCCUUCAUUACUUCUUGGCUCUUUCACUUCAAGAUACUUUAAUGGAUCUCUAAUCAGUACCAACGAAAAGGACAAUUCCGGGGCUUGUAGUGGCACCUUUGUGUGUACUCGUACUUUCUCGUACAAUCUUGCUCGAGUUUAUUUCAAGUUGCGGUCAUCUACAGUGUAUAAACUUUCUAAUUCAACUGCGCCAAUGUCAAUAUGUUACGAGUUGAGAAUUGAAAUAUUUGGCACAAAGUUAUAGACUCGAA